AUUAUUUAAAAGAAAAAAGCAACAACACCACAAAAACUGUAGGAAAGCAGUUUACAUUCAAAAGAAAUAUAACUCAUUUUCAUGGCCUGAACACUACAUUUCCUACAAACGCACAUUUCAUUGAUGAAAUGAAAUCUUUCCCAUUGUUAGAAAUGCACAAAUGAGCUUUCUUUUUAGUGAAAGAAAUAGUGUAUUCUUGUGUUUGUAUUCUGCUGUUGUUUGCAGCAUAAAGUUCAGAAAUAAUUUAACUAUUUGUUUCCUGUAUAAGUUCUAUAAAUCCUUAUCAGGAAUGCUGCUCUGCUUUAUUUAUAAGACGUCUAGAAAACAAAGUGUUCUGUUUAAUACUAGUAGUGAUUUGAAACACCUUCAACUUUCUGUCUUUUCAAAAGUCUUUCUAAGGAAGGAGAUACUAGAAAAAUACAUAGUUUAGAUGAUAACUGAUCAUCUUCUUAACAAGGCAGUUGUGACUGUGUUCUUGCCAAUAAAGUGAGUUAUGCUUGGAAAAAUAUAAUGUAAGGUCACGGCAAGAUAAAAGCAUGUAGUUGAUACGCAUUUGUUUCAGGAACCAAUCAUCCUGUGCCUUAAGAACCUGUAAGCUGACAGACUUGAAAAUAUUGCUUGGCCAUCUCAACAUUAGAGGAGCGAGCAAGAUACAAGAUAAAUUAGUGUGUAGAAAGUUUACCAAGUUAAUGGUAUGAUUACAGAGCUGAACUGCCAAGCCACCUAUCACUGCAUGAGAGUACAAGGAAAUUCCUUAACCAAAAGCAGGUACGUGAGUUAUGAUGUAAAAAUUCUUAGACCUAAUAAACAAAGGCUAGGCUAACACACCAAAUGUUCAAAGAAUCAAUCAUUUGAUGUGACAGUGCUAGCUUUUGUGGUUUUCACAAUACAACGGGAAGAUAAAGGAUGAUUUUUGACCUGGUAACACCUGUCACAAAACUGUUGCCCUCCAAUGAAAUUAAGAUUCCACUUUUGAGAAAAGCACAAAUAGAAACUUCCUGUGACAAAUGUGUUUUACAGACAGUUAGUAAGUCAGCAUUACCUAUGCUGAGCACAAAGUAUUCAUAUUAUGAUAUUCUUGAUAAUAAGUAAGGACUUUUUUUUUUAAACUGGGACUGGUAUGUGCCUCUGAGGAAGGAAAAAAAAAUUCCUGAAAUUACUUUUAAAAUAAUACACAAAUCUAAGAAUUUUAAAUUCUCAUACAUACAGGAGUUAUUACAUUUGUUAGACUGUACUUUUAAGCAUUAUUUAUUGGUUCUUAUCAAAACACACAAAGCAUGCCAGUAACUACUUCAGUUAAAAACUGGAGCAUUUUUAAUUUCCUAAUGAGAUAAUGAAAAAACAAAACGUCACUUUCUUAAAGGAGUUGUAAUGCCCAACAGUAUAUGGCAACGUGCACUGAAAGUGCUACUACCUUUGUAUACAUGGUUUCUAAUAGUUGAAUACCUCAUCAUUAAAGAGAAAUAGCAAGGAUUUCCUGUUCUUUGGCUAGAUUGUUCUGUAUUAUAGCUAGUACAGCAUAUGGCUUGUUUAAAUCUCCCUACCAUGUGUUUGAGGGUAUUUCUCGCUUCAGGAUCAAAGCUUUGGUACUAUUUUAGAAAAUGAGACUGGAAUUCCAACUAAUGCUGCAUUUUCUACAACUGGACAAAGCAAAAAAUUCCCCACUGGUUCUUUGCCUGUCUUAUUUUAUCAUAGGGACUUUUAAGUUUAAAACUCUGUGUCUUACAAUGCUCUAUGUACAGUUCAUAGGUAACAGCCCUGAGUCAGAGGUCAUUUGUAGGGAUUUUCCAGCAGGCUAACUCCACUGCUGAGUUACCAUCUUUUAUGCAUUACUAGCAUGAAAACAUUCAAAACCUCUUAUUUAAAAUUCACACAAACUAUCUCACAUUGCAACAGCUGCUUCAUUUCCCAUUGAAAUCCAAACAUGACCACAGCAAAAUGUUAGAAAUCAUACUAAUUGUAACAUUUUAUUUGGACUGGUCAGCAUCAGGUUUAUAAUGCAGGGCACAUCCAUUCACCGCCAAUGAAACUGAAACAUUUUUAUUUAUUCUUUAAUUUGCCUACUUGUGUGGGGCAGAGGCAGGUGGUUAAUACAGGUUUUAAUACAACAGCUGUUGUGCGUAAGCUCAACUGAAUUCAAAUUGCAUGACAUGGCACCUGAAAAACCUUAGGUGGUUGUUGUGGUUUAGACAUCAGAGUUAAUUAAGAAUGUUUCUGAAAGCACAGCUGAACAUAUAUAUGUUUAGUUGGAGCACGCGUGUCUCAGUGCUUAGCCUAAAAACAGGCAGCUGAAUUCACUCAUCUGCUAAUUUAAAAGCUACGAAGGAAUGCCUACUUAAACAGCAGUGAAUAAUACAUACUUCUCAAUUUUAACUCUCAUUUUGCUGGAGUUGGCAGGCCUCAAAAGGGCAUCAAGCACUUUCUACUUGGAAGACAAUCUCAGUGAAAUAAUAGCAAAGUUUAAAUUCAACUUUCUGAAACUGAAAAUACAUUGCAACAGCUUAAAACAAGCCUCCCAAAUGUCACCCCUUCAGUUGAUUAUCAGCUGGCAAAUUGCUUUUCGUCAACUACAAAACCUGUGUGUAGUCUCGCUUAAAUUUAACGUGCAGGCUACCUCACUGAGCACACCUGAGGCCUCCUUAAUUGUUUGCAGAAUGCAAGCUAGGACUUUCCAAGCUAGGACUUGGCUUAAAGUUUGGUGGUGUUCUCUCAGAUUCUCCUUUGCAGCAGGUACUGGGUGAGGCUUCCUCAAGACCACCGUUCUGGUGCUUAAGACAAUGGACUGCAUGUUGGGAGAAUAAUACCUACUUACAGCUGCUUUGUGACAUUCUGUUACGUUCAGGUAAAGAAUGACAGUUCCGUUUGAAGCCUCUAACAUUUCCAUCACAUUUAAAGCGUCAAGAGGCCACCAUACGUCAAAUAAAGCCGCUGAUCAACCACGCAGUUCCCUUUGCUCGUAACUAGCAAAACGCGGUAUGUUUCACAGAGAUGAAACACAUCCAAGGAGCGAGCGCGGCGUUGCUUCAGAGCGCUGCGCGCCGCGGGCAACCUCCGGGCCGAGCAGAGCAGGCGCCAGGCUGCACCCUCCAGCUUCGGCAGUACUAGCCGGGGGCCUCACCCUGACAAAACCACCGCCAAAGCGAAGGCUUCAGCACCCGUUACUCGCAGUGUGCUCACCGCAGCGCCUCAGGAAAGCGGCCCCCGAGCCCGCGCGCGCACAAGAGGAGCAGGGCUGGGGGGCCGGGGCCGCGCACCGCCCCCAAUGCGCUCGCGGAGUGGCCGUUGGGGCGCGCGCUGCUGCUGGGCAACAGCGUCCCCUCAACGCAGCUGCGCGCCCGCCCGCCCUCGUCGUGCGCGGAGAUGGGCAGCGAGCAGGCUGGUCCAAGUGGCAAAGGGAAGUUGGCAAAGAGAAGAGUGAAUUUACUGCCACAGUUGUCUCAGGCAAGAUCUAAGCCACCAUGGCAGCAGACUUGUCCUUUAUUCCAUAUGAGUAAAGAACAAGAAGAUGACGAAUCAGAAGAGUUUACUGUAAAAAAUGAAUAUCCACCUGGAGAAUAUUUAAAGGCAAGAUACAAGAGACCCAAGAUACAGGAUUCUAGAGCUGAUGAAACUGGACCAUCAAUUUCUAAAUUGCAGAGCAGCAGUCAUCUGAAAAAAAAGCAAGAACGUUUCAGAAGUGCUCUUGUUAACAUUAUAUUGCAGGAAGACCUUCCUGAAGAACCCCGUGAUGGAAUCCAGCCUCCAAUAUCAGAUUCUUCUACACCAAUAGAGAAAGAUAUUGUGAAAUACUACUAUUACAUUCACCAUGGAAUUAAUACAAGAAAUGUAGUCCCACUGGAUGAAUCGUGGCUAGAUCACAUCUUAGCUUUAAUUCCGCAUCAUCUGAAAGUAUUUGAUGAACACGUACGUUCAUUGACAGAUGAAAUGAAAGAAGACUAUUUUCUGAGUGUGAAAAAGGCUAUAGUUGACUUUAUUUUAAGAGAUACCAGAGAGAAAGAAGACAAGAAGAAGGAUUCUCUUCUACCUCAUCAUGCAGAGCUACUGAAACAAUAUUGUAUUCUUUUAAGGUGGCUUCCAGAAGUACAGAAAAUCUUUUACCAAGGUAAUAAAAGAAAACAAAUACCCAGCAAUGCCAGCACUGCUAAAUUAGAGUCUUUCUUCAGUUGUGCUGCCACUUUAAUGACUCGUCAACUGCAACAUUUACUUGUACAUUCUGUUCAGGACUUUACAGAUUUAAUUGUUCAACCUGCAAUAAGUAUCUGAGCCUACAAACACCCAAGUUUCAUACUGAGGGUAACCCUUGAGAAUGACCGUAUUAAAUUUGAACCUGACUUUAACGACUAUGAGGAUAUAUUACUGAAUGUCUAUACUGUUAUGAUUAAUGCUGUCAGUGAUAUACCAAGAAUUGAGACCAAAUUAUUCUCUAAGUGCCCAAAAGGUGAGUCUCCAUCAACUGUUUUGAAACCUGUUAUCCUAGAUGAGAUCUUGGACAAACAUAAGAAAAUGAUCAGAGAAGAAAUUAUCAAAGAAAGCAUUGCACCUGUCAAACACCUCAAGCUGUAUGAUAAGUAUAGCUUCCUGAUAAACAAACAAGUUGAACAAGAUAUUGAUCAAUUCCUGACCGAGGAACAUACCUUUGAAGAAAUGAAAGGGGAAAUUAUAAAAUACCAGAAACUCAGUAAGGAAAUAAAAUAUACUUCUAGGAAGUAUCUCCAUCUAGGAAUGUUUGAGCUGCAUUGUGAUGAAUUAAUAAAUGCUUUGGUAAAGCAAGCAGAUAAUAUUUGUGAAAAAGUUAUUGCAAAAACGUUCAAAGAUCAUCAAGACAUAAGUGUGAGACUAUGUGAUGAGUUUGAGAGAAUAUUGGAAAAAGCCCUUACUACUCCAUCUAAUACGCAGGAACUAAUGGAACUUAAGGCCUGUAUACGGAAAAUAGAAACACAAGACAUGAUUGAAUUGCAGCAGAAAUUAAUGAAUGCUGUAAAUUGUGUUGCUUUCCUGAUAGAACAUGUCUGCUUUUCACUAGCAGACAUAGGACUGAACAAGAAUGUUUUUCAGUGGAAUGCACGAAUGCCAGAUAUCUUUGAAGAGCACAGAAAAAUAAUUGAAGAAAAGACAGAACAAUUUCAAGAUGGUCUUAAGAUAUGCUGUGAACAAUUUCUUGAGGAACUGAAAAGCUACUCUAAGCAGGUUGAAGAACUUAACAUGUUUGGAGAUGUUCAAGAAGUCAACAAAUAUUUGAAGAAAGCUCAAGCAUUAAAUGCAAAGUUGGAUCUUGCUGCUGAUAAGAUUGAACAGUUUAAUGCAGAAGAAGAUGCCUUUGGAUGGCCAGUAUCUCAGUACCCUCAGCAUAAAACAGUACGGAAUGCUCUUGUUCCAUAUCUUCGUCUGUAUGAUAUGACUGUUGAAUUCAACAGAAAACACAAAAACUGGAUAGAGGGAUCAUUUACAGAAGUGAAUCCAGACAAAGUAGAGGUAGAUGUAGGAAACUACUGGCAUGGACCGUAUAAACUAGAAAAAGCUUUCCACAAUUCUCCAAAUGCACUAGCAAUAACACAACAGGUUCAAUCAAAAGUAGAGGAAUUCAAAAGCCACAUUCCUCUAAUCCAGGUGAUUUGCAAUCCCGGUUUGCAAGAAGGGCACUGGGAAGAGAUGUCAAAAAUUGCUGGUUUACCUCUGUCUCCUUCUGAAGACUCAAAUCUUUUGUCAUACAUUAAUUUGCACCUUGAACCGUUCCUAGAAAAGUUUGAGACCAUCAGUGAAACAGCCAGCAAAGAAUAUUCACUUGAGAAAGCUUUAACAAAAAUGAUUUCUGAAUGGGAUCAAAUGGAGUUCACUCUUCUUGCCUACAGAGAAACAGGAGCCCAUAUUUUGUCGUCUAUAGACGAUAUUCAGAUGUUAUUGGAUGAUCACAUUGUCAAAACUCAGACCAUGAGAGGUUCUCCAUUCAUUAAGCAUUAUGAAAAAAGAAUAAGGGAAUGGGAAGGAAAAUUGUUGUUGGUACAGGAGAUCCUGGAUGAAUGGCUGAAGGUUCAAGCUACUUGGCUUUAUUUGGAGCCAAUUUUCAGUUCUCCAGAUAUCAUGGCUCAGAUGCCUGAGGAAAGUAGACAAUUCACUACUGUGUUUAAAACAUGGAAAGACUUACUGAAAUCAACUUUUCAGGACAAACAUGUGCUGACAGUAGUAACAAUUGACAACAUGUUGGGAAAACUGAGAAAGUGCAAUGAAUUUCUGGAAGUCAUUCUCAAGGGACUUAACGAAUACCUAGAGAAGAAACGUCUGUUUUUUCCCAGAUUCUUUUUUUUAUCCAAUGAUGAACUCCUUGAGAUUCUUUCAGAGACCAAAGAUCCUACCCGAGUACAACCUCACCUGAAAAAGUGUUUUGAAGGAAUUGCGAGAGUAGAGUUUACUGAUGUACUAGAUAUUACACACAUUAAAAGUAGUGAAGGAGAGACUGUGGAACUCAUGCAGACAAUCUCAACAUCUGAAGCCAGAGGUCAAGUUGAAAAAUGGCUGGUUGAACUGGAGGCAACUAUGCUGAAUUCUGUCCACAAGGUCAUCGGGGAUGCAGUUGAAGCUUAUCCAAAAACUUCACGUAUUCAUUGGGUACGAGAGUGGCCUGGACAAACAGUUCUUUGUGUAUCCCAAACUUUCUGGACAAUGCAGGUAGAGAUGUCUAUUAGAAACGGCCAAAAGGCACUAGAGGAUUUUCUGGAACAGAAUAAUAGACAGAUUGAGGACAUUGUCACCUUGGUGCGAGGAAAGCUGUCUAAGCAGAAUCGAGUGUUAUUAGAAGCACUUGUUGUGCUUGAUGUUCAUGCUAGGGAUGUUCUUGCAUCUCUAGUAAGAAAGAAAGUCAAAGAUGAGAGUGACUUUGAAUGGUUAAGUCAGCUUAGAUACUACUGGGAGGAAAGACAUCUACAAACAAGGAUGAUCAAUGCUGGACUGAGGUAUGGAUAUGAAUAUCUAGGUAAUACACCUAGGCUGGUUAUUACUCCACUUACAGACAGAUGCUACAGAACAUUACUUGCUGCACUACACCUGCAUCUUGGAGGUGCCCCUGAGGGUCCUGCUGGAACUGGAAAAACAGAAACUACGAAAGAUUUAGCAAAGGCUGUAGCUAAGCAGUGUGUGGUUUUCAAUUGUUCUGAUGGACUGGAUUACCUUGCAUUAGGAAAAUUUUUUAAGGGCUCGUUGUCUUGUGGAGCAUGGGCUUGCUUUGAAUUCAACAGGAUUGAUUUGGAAGUACUCUCAGUUGUUGCUCAGCAGAUUUUUACUAUCCAAAGAGGCAUUAAUUCAGGAUCUGAUUUAUUAGUAUUUGAAGGAACGGAACUGAAACUGAACCCUAUGUGUGCUGUCUUCAUUACCAUGAAUCCUGGCUAUGCUGGGUGUUCAGAGCUUCCUGACAAUCUUAAGGCUCUCUUUAGAAUGGUAGCUAUGAUGGUUCCUGAUUAUGCCAUGAUUGCAGAGAGAGUUCUGUAUUCUUGUGGUUUUGUUACUGCUCGACCUCUAUCAGUAAAAAUUGUUGCUACGUACCAUCUGUGUUCAGAGCAGUUGUCUUCUCAGCACCAUUAUGAUUAUGGAAUGAGAGCUGUGAAGUCAGUACUCACUGCUGCUGGUAACCUGAAGCUGAAAUAUCCAUUGGAGGAUGAAGAAAUUUUGCUACUUAGAUCCAUUACAGAUGUCAACCUGCCUAAAUUCUUGUCUCAUGAUUUACCACUUUUUGAGGGUAUUACCUCUGAUUUGUUUCCUGGUGUGAAGCUACCAAAACCAGACUACAAUGACCUAUUGGAAGCCAUCGAAACAAACUGUACUGCUAUAAAUUUGCAAAUGACUGAUCUGUUUACUAUGAAGAUCUUGCAGAUUUAUGAGAUGAUGAUUGUGCGCCAUGGCUUUAUGAUAGUUGGAGAACCUUUUGGUGGAAAAACUUGUGCAUACCGAGUUCUGGCAGGAGCACUGGGAGACAUAUGUGAGAAGGGGCUGAUGGAAGAAAACAAAGUUCAGAUCACUGUUUUAAAUCCCAAAUCCAUAACAAUGGGUCAGCUAUAUGGACAAUUUGAUGCAGUUUCACAUGAAUGGUCAGAUGGCAUCCUAGCAGUGAGCUUCAGAGCGUUUGCUUCUUCCCCAACCCCAGAUAGGAAAUGGCUGAUUUUUGAUGGACCAGUGGAUGCAGUAUGGAUUGAGAAUAUGAAUACUGUGCUUAAUGAUAAUAAAAAGUUGUGCCUUAUGAGUGGAGAGAUCAUCCAAAUGUCACAGCAGAUGAGCCUUAUUUUUGAACCAAUGGAUUUAGAAGUUGCUUCUCCUGCUACUGUUUCAAGGUGUGGUAUGGUCUACAUGGAACCCCAUAUGUUAGGCUGGAGACCAUUAAUGAUGUCAUGGCUAAAUACAGUGCCUUCAGGAAUCAGCUCUACUCAUAAAGAAUUUAUAGUAGGCCUGUUUGACAGAAUGGCUCCACUCUGUCUUGAGUUUAUUAGGAAACACACAAAGGAACUGUCUCCUACUUCAGAUACAAACUUAAUUCGAUCACUAAUGAAUCUGAUGGACUGCAUGAUGGAUGAAUUUACUGAUGAAACCAAAAUUAAAGCUGUGAAUGACCAUGAUGUUUUUUCUUGGCUUGAGGGUAUUUUUUUAUUUUCACUGAUAUGGUCUGUAGGAGCUAGCUGUAAGGAGGAUGAUUGACUGAAAUUUGACGAAGUUGUGCGAGAAAUGCUUAAUGGACCAAUUAGUGAGGAGACAAGAGAACAAUAUAAAUUGUUGAGUAGUAUUGAUCGACAAGCUUCAAAGGCUUUCACUGUUCAAUUUCCAACAGAAGGAACAAUUUAUGAUUAUCGGUUUGUCAAAAAGGGAGCAGGAAUUUGGGAACCCUGGGUGGAAACACUCAAAUCAGCUCCUCCUAUACCUCAAGAUGUGAUGUUUAAUGAAAUAAUUGUACCAACUCUGGAUACAGUUCGAUAUAUGGCAUUGAUGGAAUUGUUGACAGUGCAUCAAAAACCUUCUAUAUUUGUGGGGCCAACAGGAACUGGAAAAAGUACCUAUAUUACUAAUUUUCUUUUAAAUAAUUUGAAUAAAGAAGUCUACAAGCCACUGCUUAUUAACUUUUCAGCACAAACUACAGCAGCUCAGACUCAGAAUAUUAUGAUGUCUAAGCUGGAUAAAAGGAGAAAAGGAAUUUUUGGACCCCCUCUUGGGAAAAGAAUGGUUGUAUUUGUAGAUGAUGUUAACAUGCCAGCCCGAGAGGUCUAUGGUGCUCAACCGCCUGUUGAAUUACUAAGGCAGUGGUUAGAUCACUGGAAUUGGUAUGACCUUAAGGACUGCUCAAUGAUUAAACUUGUAGAUGUUCAAAUUGUGUGUGCAAUGGGGCCACCAGGUGGUGGCCGAAACCCAGUGACACCACGAUUCUUGCGACACUUCAAUAAAGUUACUAUUAACGAGUUUGAUAAUGAAUCCAUGUACACAAUUUUUUCUAGAAUCUUAGACUGGCAUCUGACUAUAUGUUAUAGCUUUCCAUCACAAUAUGUAGAAUUGACUCCACAAAUUAUUAAUGGAACCAUGCAUAUGUAUAAAGAAGCUAUGAAGAAUCUGCUUCCUACUCCAGCCAAAUCACACUAUUUAUUCAAUCUCCAUGAUUUUUCACAUGUUAUUCAAGGUGUUUGCCUGUCGAGGCCUGAAACAACAGAAUCCACAGGAAUGAUGAAACGUCUUUGGGUUCAUGAGGUUCUUAGAGUGUAUUAUGAUCGCUUGGUGGAUAAUCCUGAUAGGGCUUGGCUUGUUGGAUUUAUCCAAGAAGUAGUGAAAGAUGAUUUACAUGAAGACUUUCACAAACUUUUCCAGAAUCUGGACUUCAAUAACGAUGGAAGAGUGGAAGAAGAUGACUUACGUAGCUUAAUGUUUUGUGAUUUUCAUGACCCUAUGAGAGAUGACACUAAAUACAGGGAGAUUAGUGAUGUGGAUCAGCUGAGAUUAGUUGUAGAGAGUCACCUCGAAGAGUUUAAUAACUUGAGCAGCAAACCAAUGCAGCUUGUCUUGUUCCAGUUCGCUAUAGAACAUAUUUGUAGAAUUUCCCGCAUUCUGAAACAGCCUUGCAGCCAUGCCCUUCUUGUUGGUGUUGGAGGUAGCGGUCGACAAUCUCUUACUCGAUUAGCAGCCCAUAUGGCUGAGUACAACCUUUUUCAGGUUGAAAUAACUAAAAGUUAUGGUAUAAACGAGUGGCACAAAGACUUAAAAGUCAUACUAAGAAAAUCUACUGAAGCAGAAAUGCAGGGAGUUUUCUUGUUCACAGAUACACAGAUAAAAAAGGAGUCAUUCUUAGAAGACAUUAACAACUUACUAAAUGCAGGUGAAGUGCCAAAUCUCUUUGCAGUAGAUGAGAAACAAGAAAUUUGUGAACAAAUGCGUCAAAUAGAUCGCCAGCGGGACAGGACAAAACAGACUGACGGAAGUCCUGUAGCUCUUUUUAACAUGUUUGUUGAUCGCUGCCGAGAUCAGCUUCAUAUAGUAUUGGCAAUGAGUCCUAUUGGAGAUGCUUUCCGUAAUCGCCUUCGUAAAUUUCCAGCUCUUGUCAACUGCUGCACACUAGACUGGUUUCAGACAUGGCCUGAAGAUGCGUUAGAAGCAGUUGCCUCUUGCUUCUUGGAAGAUGUCGAAAUGUCUGAAGAAACUCGAAGUGGGUGUAUUGAUAUGUGUAAAAGCUUUCAUACAUCUACCAUUGUUUUAUCUGACUUAUUCCAUGUGGAACUGCAAAGACACAACUAUGUUACACCUACUUCAUACUUGGAAUUGAUCUCCACUUUUAAAACUCUACUUGAAAAGAAGCGCACUAAGGUGAUAGAAAUGAAAAGAAGAUACAAAGUUGGCUUGGAAAAACUGAACUCUGCUGCAUCCCAGGUAGCCUUAAUGCAGUCUGAGCUGGAAGCUGUGCAACCUCAGUUACGGGAAGCUAGCAAGGAAGUUGAUGGGAUGAUGGUAGUUAUUCAAAAAGAGUCCCUGGAAGUAGCCAAAACUGAAAAAAUUGUGAAAGCUGAUGAAGCGGUGGCAAAUGAGCAACCUAUGGCUGCCAAAGCCAUCAAAGAUGAUUGCGAUGCUGACUUAGCUCAAGCCAUGCCUUGUUUAGAAGCUGCUCUGGCUGCCCUUGACACUCUAACUGCACAGAAUAUUACAGUAGUUAAGUCCAAGAAGAGUCCUCCUGCUGGCGUCAAGCUUGUAAUGGAAGCUAUAUGCAUCCUUAAGGGAAUAAAGGCAGAUAGGAUUCCAGAUCCAACAGGUUCUGGAAGAAAAAUUGAGGAUUUCUGGGGUCCAGCUAAGAGACUUCUGGGUGACAUAAGAUUUCUUCAGUCUCUUCAUGAAUAUGACAAGGAUAACAUUCCCCCAGCUUACAUAGCUAUCAUAAGAAAACAGUAUCUUACAAAUCCUGAGUUUGUACCAGACAAGAUUCAAAAUGCUUCCACAGCAGCAGAGGGUCUGUGCAAAUGGGUCAUAGCCAUGGAGUUUUAUGACACAGUGACAAAAAAUGUUGCACCCAAAAAACUGAAGUUGAAUGAAGCUGAAGGAAAAUUAAAGACUGCUAUGGAUGGCCUAAGAAAGAAACAAGCAGACCUGAAGGAAGUUCAAGAUAAAUUGGCUAUACUCCAACAGACUCUGGAAUCCAAGAAACGGGAGAAGGCUGACUUGGAAAAUCAGGUUGACUUAUGCCGCAAAAAACUACAGCGAGCAGAACAAUUGAUUGGAGGCCUUGGGGGUGAGAAAACUCGGUGGAAUGAGACUGCUUUGGAGCUGGCAAGGCAGUACAUCAAUUUGACUGGGGAUAUACUUAUUGCAUCAGGAAUUGUAGCUUACCUAGGAGCCUUUACAUCCAGCUACAGACAAAUGCAAACUAAAGAAUGGACAUUAUUUUGUAAAGCAAAAGACAUUCUUUGUUCUGAUGAUUUUUCCUUAACAAAUAUCUUGGGAGAACCAGUGGAAAUCAGAGCUUGGAAUAUUGCUGGAUUACCCUCUGACACAUUUUCUAUUGAUAAUGGCAUCGUUAUCUCUAAUGCAAGAAGAUGGCCUCUAAUGAUAGAUCCUCAGGGUCAAGCAAAUAAAUGGAUAAAGAAUAUGGAAAAAGGCAAUAGCUUGCAUAUAAUCAAACUCAGCGACCCUCAAUUUGUUACAACACUGGAAAACUGCAUUCAAUUUGGUAGUCCUGUGCUACUGGAGAAUAUUGGAGAAGAACUGGAUCCUAUCCUAGAGCCACUUUUGCUCAAACAGACAUUUAAGCAGUCAGGAAGGAUAUGCAUUUGCCUUGGAGACUCCACUAUUGAGUAUGCACCCGAAUUCCGCUUUUAUAUUACAACUAAGCUGAGUAAUCCACAUUAUCUUCCUGAAGUAUCUGUUAAGGUAACAUUAUUGAAUUUCAUGAUAACUUCAGAAGGACUGCAGGAUCAACUUCUUGGAAUUGUAGUUGCAAGAGAAAGGCCAGAUCUUGAAGAAGAAAAACAAGCUCUCAUCCAUCAAGGAGCUGAGAAUAAAAGGCAACUAAAAGAAAUAGAAGACAAGAUUUUAGAAGUUUCAGCUUCAGGAGGAAAUAUUUUGGAAGAUGAAACUGCUAUUAAGAUAUUGUCUUCUUCCAAAGUUCUGGCUAAUGAGAUUUCUGAAAAACAAGCGGUGGCUGAAGAAACAGAAAAGAAGAUUGAUGCUACUUGUAUGGGCUAUCGUCCUAUAGCUAUCCAUUCAAUCUUGUUUUUUUCUAUUGCUGAUCUAGCCAACAUUGAGCCUAUGUACCAAUAUUCUCUCAUGUGGUUUAUUAAGCUUUUCAUCAUGUCUAUAGAUAAUUCAGAGAAAUCAGAAGUUUUACAAACAAGGUUGAAGAUUCUCAAGGAUCAUUUUACUUACUCACUUUAUGUCAAUGUCUGUCGCUCACUGUUUGAAAAGGACAAGCUGCUCUUCUCUUUUUGUCUAACUGUGAAUCUUCUGAAAUAUGAAAAAUUGAUUAAUGAGAGUGAGUGGAAAUUUCUGUUGACUGGUGGGAUAGGUUUGGACAAUCCCUUCUCUAAUCCAUGCACCUGGCUUCCUCCACAAUCAUGGGAUGAAAUUUGUCGACUAGAAGACUUGCCACAAUUCACAAACAUUCGUGAGGAUUUUAUGCGACUUAAGGAUGGGUGGAAACUGGUAUAUGACAGCUUGGAUCCCCAGCACAAGAAUUUUCCUGCAGAGUGGCAAGACAAACUGGGGGAGUUCCAAAGAAUGCUUAUCAUUCGCUGCCUGAGACCUGACAAGAUAAUACCAAUGGUGCAGGAAUUUAUCAUUAACAACCUGGGCUGUCGAUUUAUUGAGCCACCUCCAUUUGAUUUGUCAAAAGCAUUUUCUGACAGCCACUCUUGUGCACCACUCAUAUUUAUACUUUCUCCUGGUGCUGACCCCAUGGCAGCCCUUGUUAAGUUUGCUGAUGAUCAGGGAUACAGUGACACAAAGCUUAGUUCUCUGUCACUUGGUCAAGGCCAAGGCCCAAUAGCCAUGAAAAUGAUAGAGAAGGCUGUAAAGGAAGGAACGUGGAUAGUUCUGCAAAACUGCCAUCUAGCAAGCUCAUGGAUGCCAACACUGGACAAAGUCUGUGAGGAGCUACACCCUGAUACAACACAUCCAGAUUUCCGAAUUUGGCUCACCAGUUACCCAUCUCCCACUUUUCCUGUGGCUGUAAUGCAGAAUGGAGUGAAAAUGACUAAUGAAGCACCAAAAGGUUUACGGGCUAAUAUAAUUUGUUCAUACCUGAUGGACCCAAUAUCUGAUCCUAACUUUUUCAACAGCUGCAAAAAAAGGGCUGAGUUUAAGACAUUGCUCUAUGGCCUCUGCUUCUUCCACGCACUGGUGCAAGAAAGGCGGAAGUUUGGGCCGCUGGGUUGGAACAUUCCAUAUGAGUUCAACGAGACUGAUCUGCACAUCAGUUUGCAGCAGCUGCACAUCUUCCUUGACCAAUACAAGGAGGUGCCAUAUGAUGCCCUUUGCUAUAUGACUGGAGAAUGUAACUACGGUGGCAGAGUCUCUGAUGACUGGGAUCGGCGUACACUCCGUAGUGUUCUGAACAUGUUCUUCUCAUCGGAAAUCAUUGCAAACACAGAUUAUAAAUUUGAUUCAAGUGGCCUUUAUUUUGCUCCUCCCGAAGGAGAUUACCAAAGCUAUAUUGAAUAUACAAAGACACUUCCACUGAAUCCUUCCCCAGAGAUAUUUGGAAUGAAUGCAAAUGCUAAUAUCACCAAGGAUCAGUCAGAAACACAACUGUUAUUUGAUAACAUUCUUCUUACACAGUCUCAGGCGUCUGGUAGUGGUGCAAAAUCCACUGAGGAUGUUGUUCAUGAAGUCACAGGUGACAUCCUGAGCAGACUUCCUUCAGACUUUGACACUGAAGCAGCAAUGAGAAAAUAUCCAACCACUUACACUCAAAGCAUGAAUACUGUGCUUGUCCAAGAGAUGGGACGCUUUAACAAGCUACUGCAGACAAUACGUGACUCCUGUGUUAACAUCCAGAAAGCAAUAAAGGGGCUAGUCGUGAUGUCUGCUGAACUGGAAGAAGUGGUAAACAGCAUUUUGAAAGCCAAAAUUCCAGGCCUAUGGAUGAGUAAGUCUUACCCAAGCCUCAAGCCUCUGGGCAGCUAUGUGAAUGACUUCCUCAGUAGACUGAGGUUCCUACAGCUGUGGUAUGAAAAUGGUAUGCCACCCGUCUUCUGGAUUUCAGGAUUCUUCUUCCCUCAAGCAUUCUUAACAGGCGCCCAGCAGAACUAUGCCAGAAAAUACACUAUUCCAAUAGACCUACUAGAAUUUGACUAUGAGGUGCUGGAAGAUAAGGAAUAUGAAAUCCCUCCUGAAGAUGGGGUCUACAUUCAGGGACUAUUCUUGGAUGGAGCACACUGGAACAGAGAAACUAAGCAGCUAGGAGAAUCCCUUCCGAAAAUCCUCUAUGACACAGUACCUGCGAUAUGGCUAAAGCCCUGUAAGAGAGCAGACAUUCCACAGCGACCCAGUUACGUGGCUCCAUUGUACAAUACCAGCGAGAGAAGAGGUGUCUUGUCAACUACUGGUCAUUCCACCAACUUUGUAAUUGCAAUGACCCUCCCUUCAGAUAAACCACAAGAACACUGGAUCAGACGCGGGGUGGCGCUAUUAUGUCAGCUUAAUUCAUAAACCUACCACAAUCUAUGGAGGUGCAUUUCCAGAUCACUUAUGAGGGAUGCAUGUCCAUUCUGAAAUGCCAUUUCCAAAGAGAA